AUGCGCUUCACACUCCACUUCCUCUCGUUCUUCCUCGUGCUUCUCGCCGGAGAGACCAUCGCGCGCGCAACCAACGCCCGCCAGCCCCGCGACGCCGCCCUCUCUGCUCUCCUCGCCAAGCGCCAGACCAACCGACACGAGAUCGGGAUCCGUUCUUACCUCAAGAAGACCGUCAAGCGCGGAGUGGAGGAUGAGCAGCUUGACGCGCGCUCCACUUAUCCCAAGUGCAAGAUGGCAUCGGCGCGUACCGGUUACGCUCACUACCCCGGAUGGAAGCUUGUAGGCGACGAGCUCUCUGGUGCCCUCCCCGUCAAGCCUGAAUCCGCCUGCAUCCAAGCCUGCAACAAGUACGGCGCGGCCUGCUCGGGCGUCUUCUUCGACAGCGCCAAGGGCAAGUGCUACCUCAAGGGUACCAGGACGAGCAGCUGGACCUUCAGCGAGAGCGUCAGCGAGGAUGGUGUGGAUCUUGUCGGAGGAUGUGCGCUUUGGGCCAACAUCGUCACCGAGGAGAUGGACGCUGUCUGCUGCCGUGGCUAA